GACCCAUCUACGCAGCUCCGAUCGUCGUUGACGUCGAUGCGGAGGAUGACGAGCCGGCCAUGGAGUAUCCGCGUUGGUGGACGACCAAACACGCGGCCCAGGUCUACGACCGUGAGGCGAAGCUUCUGGAGGACGUGGAAGCAGGCGACUUCGUAUACGCGAUCUACGAGAAGGCCGUCGACUGGCCCAGCAGCUCCGACGACAAGUGGGAGCGGGCCACCCACCUCGUCAUGACGCACCGCCUGAGGCCAGGUACGGACAAUCCUUUCUGUUUAAAUUUACCUCAAUCGCGCCUCACGAAAGCGGGCUCGGAGCACCUGCUGUUGCAGUUCAUGCGGAAGCCCUGCUUGAAAAGUCCGGCACUCGGAGUGGUUCAGCGAAGCAUGCGCCCUGGAAGACUCGACUGUCAGGACGCCGGCUCGGCUGAGGAAAGCGGGCACGGUCGCAUCUUCCGGAAGCAAAACCGAGUCAUGCUGCGAGGGGUCUACUGA